AUGAGGCUCUCUUGUCUCUCUGCUACCUUCAUAAGUCUUGGGCUGCUGGCUUCUGUUAAUCCCGCCUCGUGCGUCGCUGUGCGAAAGAUCGUGGCGCCUGGCGCUCGUGCACUUAAGCACACGACGGCCAAGAGAAUGCUGAGGGACGACGGAAAAGAGCAAGAAAAUCGGGCAGCUCCCAUCGAUGUUAAUGCGGACGAGCUAUUUAACAUCGCAACAAGACUAGCUCCAGCAGCCCUUGAGUCAUUAGAGACCAACCUGCGCGGCAUUCCCGCUGUGUUGUCUAGAUCAAGCGAGACCAGAUUCCCCUUUGAACUGUAUGACGCAUUUCAAAGGGAACUCGCCAAAUUUCGGAUCCUUCUUAACAGCGAGCAAGACACUCCACCUGAGGCAGUCUUCAACUUAUACUCAAUUUCGGUCGCGUUCAUCGCGAGUCUCCGUCCUCGUUUUGCGGCAGGUCAUUUUUUCGAGAUGUCGCAGAUUGAAGCGGACAUUAUGAAGGUUGACGUUUUAACCAACUACUUGAGUGAGAGCAAUUUAGCGAUCAUGGCCCACAUGAGUUUGGACUCGAGUGACGCACGUGACAUUGCGAGCAGGAUCCAACAGGCGCUGUUCAUCAAGUGGUAUAGAAACAGUGAAACUCUUGAGGCUGUUGAAGAGAAGCUCAAAGAUGGUCGCACGGAAGAUAGACUCGCUCGAGUGAUAGCCGAGCCCUAUAUUCAUUUCCACGCCAUGAGAUCUCGUCAACUUCUCGAGGGUGCGUAG